UCCUAGUUUUGGUGCUGUUGACCAGUGAAUGCAUGAGUCAAUAUGGAGAACCACUUGUCCUUUAGUUGUCAUGACAGCCAACCUAGCACAGCGUGUUCAGCUGAAUAUAGUGGUAUUGAUCUGGGAUUUCAUGUUUCUGAUGAUAGAGAUGUUUUGGAUGGACUUCUCAGUCAGGAACAAAUGGACACAUGUGAUAGAGUCCUCUGUCUGGAGAAAAAAGUCCAGCAACAGGAGGACGAGAUCAUCUGCCUGAAGAGUGCAUUAGCGGAUGUCAUUAGAAGACUGGGCCACGUGGAGGCCAGUAAAGCACAGUCAUCAGUGUUGCCCAGUAAGCCCAAUAUUAGAGGAACACCCACUAGGAGGGCCGAGAAGUCAUUCACCAAUCCCCUUGAGAAUGCCCGUGUCACGCCCAGCAAAAGGCCCACAACGCCCACACAUCGAACUAAUGCAUCUCCACGCACUAAUACUUCAAACAAAAAAUGGUCUUCCAUGUCAAACUCUUUGGACUCUCCUACUUUCCAUAGGGAUGGCCAGACUAGCAAUUUGAAACCUGUUGAACCAAAAUCUAGCAAACCUGUUGAACCAAAAUCUAGCAAACCUGUUGAGCCAAAAACUAGCAAACCAGUUGCACCAAAAUCUAGCAAUUCUGUAGAAUUGAAACGAAAAACUAGUAAAGGCUAUGAGCAAGAGAGUUCCAAUGAAAGGAGCAGCCGGGAUGCAGAAUGGAGAGCAGAGGAAGGAUAUGUGAAAAUCUACCUCAGGGGCAGGGCUAUUAAUCUGUACGCCCCAACCACAGUGGAGAAUGUGGAUGUUACCAGUGUGGCUGAUCCACCUUCUGAAAAACUAAAGCUGGAAUGGGUCUAUGGAUAUCGUGGCAGAGACUGUCGCUCCAACCUGUACUACCUCUCUACUGGGGAAAUCAUCUACUUUGCUGCUGCCUCAGUUGUCCUCCACAAUGUAGAGGAGAACACCCAGAGACAUUAUCUGGGUCAUACUGAUGAUGUCAAGUGCCUGGCCAUUCAUCCUGACCAAGUCCGAGUAGCUACUGGACAAGUGGCGGGGCAUGACCAGAAAGAGGGCAAGAGAAAAGCUGGGAAAAAAGAUAUCCCUGAAGCUGACAAAGAUCAUUGGCCCCAUGUGAGGAUCUGGGACACGAUGAAUCUUAACACCCUCCAUGUGAUUGGGAUCGGGGACUUUGACAAGGCUGUCUGCUGUUUAUCUUUCUCCAAACUGGAUGGAGGUAAUCACCUGGUGGUGGUGGAUGAGGCUAACGAUCAUGUGAUGUCUGUGUGGGACCUCAGUAAGGCUCAUCCUAAGAAAAUCACAGAGACAAAGAGCUCAACAGAACCUGUGCUAGCAGCAGAGUUCCAUCCCCUUGAGAAAGGCAGCAUUAUCACAUGUGGUAAAGGGCAGAUCUCAUUCUGGACUUUUGAAGGAGGAUCCCUAGCAAAGAAAACUGGAAUAUUUGAUAAACAUGAAAAACCCAAGUUUGUGUUGUGUGUGGCAUUUGCUGAAAAUGGAGACAUUAUAUCUGGAGACUCCAACGGCAACAUUUUCAUCUGGCCAAAAGGAAACAACAGAAUAUCCAAAGCCAUUGAGGGAGUCCAUGAGGGAGGGAUUUUCUCUGUAUGUGUGAUGAAGGAUGGAACUGUGUUGUCUGGGGGAGGAAAAGACAGAAAGAUCAUACAGUACGACAGCUCCUAUACAAAGACAGGGGUAGAGACAGAGAUCCCUGAGAACUUUGGAGGAGUGCGGAUGCUGAACCAGGGUAAGGGAGGGAUGGUGCUGGUGGGAACGACCAGAAAUUGUAUCUUACAGGGAACAGUGGAUCUACAGCUCAACCCCAUUGUCCAGGGUCACAUGGAUGAGCUAUGGGGACUUGCCUCACACCCCAGUCAGCAGCAGUUUUUGACUAGUGGAUCUGACAAACAGGUCCACAUGUGGGACAGUAUGAGUCGCUCUGUCAUCUGGUCUAAAGAACUCUCAGAAUCAGCUCACAGUUGCUGUUUUUACCCUGAUGGAAGUGUGGUUGCCAUAGGAACUGAGACAGGAAAGUGGUUUGUGUUGGAUUGUGGAACACACGAGACCAUUACUAGUCACACUGACGGCAAUGAACAGAUCGAGUGUGUCCUCUACUCACCAGAUGGUAAAUAUCUUGCCCUUGGAUCUAGAGACAACCACAUUUACCUUUAUGAGGUGACUGAAGAUGGGAAAAAAUACUCCAGAAUUGGAAGAUGCACUGGACACAGCAGCUUUGUGACACACAUAGACUGGUCCAGUGAUAGUGUUUAUUUGUGCAGUAAUUCUGGAGACUAUGAAGUUUUGUACUGGAAGAUUCCAGCUUGUAAACAGGAAACUUCUAUUUCUGCUGUCAGGGAUUUAGAAUGGGCCACUGGAAAUUGUACCUUAACCUUCAAUGCUGCAGGAGUGUGGCCAGAAGGAGCAGAUGGUACUGAUGUGAACAAUGUCUGCAGAUCAAACAAUGGUAGAGUUCUGGCCAGUGCUGAUGACUUUGGAAAGGUGAACCUCUACCAGUACCCCUGUUAUCAUCCUAAGGCAAAGAAGCAUAGCUACAAUGGACACAGCAGUCAUGUGACUAACGUCAGCUUUCUUUUUGACGAUUCACGCUUACUGUCCACAGGCGGUCGAGACAUGUCCAUCAUGCAGUGGCAGGUCGUGUAAAUGGUCUAGCAGAAUAGUUAUACCUAAUAGGCAUUAUAUAUAGUUGUUGAAUGUCUGAGACAAUAUGAUUGUUAUAUUUUGUUAUAAACAAUGUGUAGUGAUGUAUGAACACUUUUUCUACUAUUUGUACCAUUAUAUUUAUAGUUAACAAAUUUUUUCUUGUAUAUUGUUUUUUGUAUGGUGUAUUUUUCAUGUUUUCACAAUAUACAUUAUCAUGUUUAGCCUGAUUGUUUAGAAUUUAAUAGAUCAAGCAGGUGAAAAAUUUUUUGGAAUACAUACAGGGUUUUGAUUAGGUAGAGAUGCAUUAAAGGCAAAGACUUUCAGUAUUUAUCAAAUCAGUAAAUAUAUUUAUGUGUGGGAGUGAAUUUUAGAGUAAUAGUAUAAUGAUAGUGUACUCGACUGUACAAGAAUUGUAUAUAUCUUUGGUUAGUGAAUAGUUAUUCAGUAAAUUCGAUGUUGGUGCAUUGGUUCAUGGUAUUCAUGUUUGCAUAAGAUCAAACCAGAUUACAGUUUGAUAUACACUGUAUUUCUUUAUUAUUAUUUGAGAUAAGAAUUUCUUGAGUUGCUCAAAUAGUUAUACAAUGAAAUAAAUUUGUAGUUUAUUUUUCUGUGAUUUUCAGUUUUAGAUUAAAGGUAAAAAGUGUAAACUUUUCUGUUCUUAGUGAAUGGACCAAUUUAAUUUUUGUCAAAUGCUUAUCCUUGCUUUUCUUGACUCUAUUUUGUUGUUGAAAUAAGGUAGUGUCAGACUGUCUAUGAAAUUAAGUGCUUAAGUAAUUGUGCAAUACAGUUUAUAUAUGUUAUACAAAAGGCACUGAAUAUUGCCAUUCUAUUAUUAAUAACUGUGUACAGAUGUAAUAGUAAAACUUUCAUGCAGACGAAAGUUGUGUUGAAUGCACAGAAGGAAGACUUUAGACUAAAAAUUUAUGUAAUUUGUCGAAAAUCUUUAAUCUAAAAAGCUUUAUAUACCAGUAGUUAUAAAAUAUGUCAGAUAAAUAUCCUUUUUUUUUAUUUACUUUAUUUCUAUAUACACCUUGAAUAAAAUAAUUCAUUUGUAUCAUCAA